GCAAUACCUUGACCUGCCAUAAAAAUCGGGGACCAAAUAUCGUAAAUCGUUCGGACGAGUCGAGCCGAUUUGGCCGCGAAGCAGCCAUGCAUGCGACGACUAUCAAUUCCGUUGGGCGUUGGGCAACUCUAUACCGACGACUUCGCAGAGGCGCAGGCGAAAGACAAUGGGCACAAGCCACGAAAGCCAAUCAAUCGUGAUGCACGUUUUACGCUCUUGCAUCGCAAGUAUAAAAAGGUUUUGAAAUCGAAGGGGCCUUCAGUCGAUCGUCCGGAUCGUCCAAGGAAAUCAUAAAUCGUUAUAUCGAAAGAUAUCUUCGGUGAAAUAUGAAGCUCUUGGGAUAUUGUCUUUUUUGCCUCUUUGCCACGAGAGUGCAACCGAAGCCACAAAUAACGAAGCUGUUUCCAGUGGAGGGAUAUCUGGCGCCAUAUCACAAACAAUUCAACCACACCACGGAAUCGGUGGAUAAAUUUUUGGAAAAACUACGCGCAACGUACAAUUUUGUUUUCCAUCGAUCCGACAAUACCAGUAACAUAGAACACAUCCUGGCGAAGAACGCAUCGGAUCCCAAUUUGCAAACUCUGAGACUAAUCUGGGCUGACAUGAAAAAAGCAGAUAAUUAUACGAAUCUCAAGUAUCCCAGCAAUUCCUUUCUGGAUCAGAUAAAAUUACUGUCGACACCACAGAAUCGCGACAGCAAGACGAAUUGGAUCAAUCUCAAGAAGGAUUCGUCUGAAAUAAAAGCAACGAUUAAAGCAAAUGGGAAAAAUAAAACGACGAUACUGCCCGACGACGAUUGGUUCAAUGACAUUCAGCCUUUGGAGCAACUGGAGCUGCAAGACGAGGAGCUGGAUAAGAAAAAUGAGGUGGAAAUCGUGUCGCCAGGAACGACUGUGGGUCAUCACCUGCUCGAGUGGCUUGGCUCCCUCUUCGGCCUUACUUACAGCAUUUACAGUAAAUUAUCGAGCGCUGCUUGUGGCAACGAGAAGCCGACACGCUAAUGACAAAACAAGAGAGAAAACAAAACACAUUAGAUUAGAAACUAUGUUAUGCCUACCUAUUUAUAAAUCAACGUUAAAUAAGUUCAAACGUAACAUGGAUUUCUGCGAUUGUAAUUUAUUCUAUAUAAAAAUUGCGUACAAAUAAAAGAAACGUUACAUUUGCUGCUAAAAACACGCCAAGAGUACGAAUAAACAUCAAAUUAAUAUCAAUUUAGUACGUUUAGUAUUAAAUAUAAUAAUAGUGUGUGGAAGAGAGAAGAACAAAGGGAGUGAAGACAGCACACAGAUAUCGAAUAAAUUUUAUACCUUUGUACUGCUGUCAUAUUUCGCUCGUAUAUUACGCUGUCAAAAUAUAUAAAACAAAUAAAAUUUACGUUAUACGAAAUUAAA